AUGGAGGUGCUGUGUGGAAAUCCGAGUUUGGCAGCCUUCAUGUGCUCCUUGGCCCGCUUCUUGCGCCAACAAGCGAAACAGUGUCGACCGAACGGGAGUGGUUCAAUCACGGAGCCAGUGUCACACGGAUUGCCGUCGGAGCGCUUGGAAUCGGCUGUAUUAUGGUCGACGUCGUCGAGGCCCGACUUUGCUCUUAAGGACAUGGCGUCCAUGACGUCGAUGCUCUCUUCGUCCGGGAACAAUUACGUUUGGAGGGACCAGUCGCCGACUCAAGCAGGGAUCGGCUGCCAUGUCGCUGACGGACGGCCGUUGCAUUUGCCAAACCGCCGGAAGCCGUCAAGUUCAACAAACGGCGUCCGGGAUAAUGAGGCCCUGGGCCGAGACAGGCAAUUAACUCGGAAAGCAUUAUUCUCCGGUUAUCGUCGGAGGAAUAACCGCGUCGCUGUCGCUGUCGCUGUCACUGUCGCUGUCGUCGACGCCCUGGUUCUUCUGGGACUCCUGUGGGAAACUUCGGGCGUGUCCCGGACCCGGCGGCGUCGGGUCGUUGCGUGGAUAGAUACACCGUCUGGGCUCGGCUCCUCCAGCAGCAGACGAACUCUGACCUUGUCGCUCUUACGUAACCACACGCAUCAAGCGGACGCGACACGACAACAAUUCCCUCCUGGCUUCCGAGAAAGGAUGAAUCCUCGAAAAACACUUCGUGACGUCAUUGCGAUUGACGGGUUAUAUUUUCGUGUUAGACAUUUAAGUGAAACCCGUCUAUCCAAUAUUCCUUCGUUGAUUAUCUGGCUGGAAUUGUACUUGUUGACGAAUAGUUUUCUUUCCACCAUACCCGACCCCAGUUUCGAAUUACCCGUGGCGAGACCCGAUCUUCGAUAUCCAAAGUCCUCAUGGGCAUUCCGAAUCUUCGACGGGGGGGUUCUGGGAUCGUACCCGUCUGAGGAUCGACGGAAAGAAGUGGGAACCCCACCGUCGGGCAUCGAUUCCCGGGCUGCAUGUGCCGGGCCACUCAAGAAUAAUAAGCUGCUGACGCGUCAGUCUUGUUCUUGUAUGAAAAUCGGCACCGGAAUCAGCAAAUGGCUCCACCCAUGGGAAAAAUCAUCCAGAAACGCCAUUAGGGCAAAGCAAAAAGAAUUCUCUUCCUUCAUCGCGUAUCCUGGUGCCAAUUCCGUCGAACAAGGAGUUCAGCGAUUACGCACGCGUCCUUCUCCCCGUUUUUGUACCCAUCCGGAUCACGUGGCCGACGGCGUGCCGACGGAUGGACGUCGACUGCGACCGUCACGUUUUCCGGCCACAAGCCAGUCAUCGGGUAGCAUUCACGCAACGGAAGACGACGAGUUGGCAGCGCUGAGAAAAAAAUCCAGAGAUCCAAUGUCGCACAGGAUAUAG